CAAGCAACCAACACAAAUUCAGCAAGGCGUCACGAAGACUCUCUCUGGCGCCAAUGCCGCCUUCAAUGACAAGGGAAAGCCAAUGGAACUUCGCUUGUCCAACAUGGUCGCUGCGAAAGCUAUCAGCGAUGCAGUCAGGACCUCGUUAGGCCCCCGCGGCAUGGACAAGAUGAUUCAAACUUCAAAAGGAGAAGUCAUCGUCACGAACGAUGGGGCUACAAUUCUGAAGAGUAUACAGGCCCUCCAUCCGGCAGCGAAAAUGCUUGUUGAUUUAUCCGCUGCUCAAGAUAUCGAAGCUGGCGAUGGAACCACAUCCGUUGUUGUAUUGGCUGGAAGUUUUUUAGGAGCUGCAGAAAAGAUGUUGCAGAAAGGCAUUCAUCCCACCAUCGUCGCAGAGUCUUUCAUCAAGGCAUCUGCUAAAGCUGUGGAGUAUCUAACAGAUAUCUCGAUCCCUGUUGAUUUGAACGACCGGGCUAGCUUAUUGCGUGCAGCAAGCACAUCUUUGAAUUCAAAGAUUGUUUCCCAAUAUUCUUCAACGCUAGCCCCCAUCGCAGUCUCUGCCGUCUCACGUCUUGUUACACCCACAUCAUCCAACGUGGAUCUGCGCGAUAUCCGGGUCGUGAAGAAAGUCGGUGGGACGAUCGAAGACACUGAGCUCGUAGAGGGGGUUGUCUUGAAUCAAAACGUUAUCGUAUCUGCCGGCGGGCCGACACGAAUGGAGAAAGCAAAAAUUGCUAUCAUUCAAUUCCAACUCAGUGCUCCAAAACCCGAUAUGGACAAUACGGUUGUGAUCAAUGACUACAGGCAGAUGGACAAAGUCAUCAAAGAGGGGCGCCAGUAUAUCCUGAAUCUUUGCAAGAAAAUCAAGAAGGCAAAUUGCAAUGUCCUUCUCAUCCAAAAAUCCAUUUUGCGUGAUGCCGUUGACGACGUCUCCCUCAAUUUCUUGAAGCGCCUCAACAUUCUCGUCGUCAAGGACGUAGAGCGUGACGAGAUUGAAUUCCUUUCAAAAAGUCUUGAUUGCAAACCCGUCGCAGAUAUUGACGCGUUUACCGAAGACAAGCUGGGAUAUGCCGAUCUUAUGGAAGAAACGAAUGACAAUGGGGUCAAGGUGGUCCGAAUCACAGGGGUGAAGAACCGAGGAAGGACCGUAAGUAUCCUUGCCAUGGGUAGCAAUCAUCUUGUUGUGGAUGAGUGCGAACGGAGUCUACAUGACGCUCUGUGCGUUGUCAGGUGUCUGGUCAAGAAACGGGCCUUGAUUGGUGGUGGUGGCGCACCGGAGAUUCACGUCUCACGGUUGCUUUCACAAUACGCACAAUCUCUCAAGGGCAUGGAAGCAUACUGCUUUCAAGCGUAUGCUGAUGCUCUCGAGGUAAUACCUACUACAUUAGCCGAAAACGCGGGGUUGAAUCCAAUCGCAAUCGUAACUGAACUUCGGAAUCGACAUGCCCUUGGUGACGGCAAUGCUGGAAUUAACGUUCGGAGGGGCGUGAUUUCUAAUAUCCUGGAAGAGGAAGUCGUUCAACCGCUUUUGGUAACCACUAGCGCCAUCGAGCUUUCCACUGAGACUGUUUGCCUCUUGUUGAAAAUCGAUGAUUACGUUCAAGCAAGAUGAUCAGAUUCGGCUUAGAGGAAAAGGGCAUACUGUACAUGGUAAAAUAAACAUUUUUGAUGGAACCUCUCGAGCAAACAGAAUAAAUGAGCUGGAUGAAGUUCGUAUUGCACU